GCCGAGAGACGCUUCGGGGACGUGGAAGGGCUCGGGUGGAAGAGGCGCCGGGAGCGAGGCCACGCCGGACCGGGCCCGGGAGGGGGCAUUGUCGGGGAGCGGGGGGGGGGGGCUGUGACGACACGAAGGGGGCGGGCCCUCGGGUAUAAAUAGGAGGCGCUGCUCGGCGGGCUUUCAGUUCAUUCAUAAGGAAGAGCGCGGAGGGAGGACUCGCGCGUUUUGCGGGAAAGCGCUCCGAAUUGCCGGAUUUCGGAAGGACAACCGCUCCCCGGACCCGAAUUGUUGGAUUUCGGAAGGACAACCGCUCCCCGGACCCGAAUUGCCGGAUUUCGGAAGGACAACCGCUCCCCGGACCCGAAUUGUUGGAUUUCGGAAGGACAACCGCUCCCCGGACCCGAACUGUUGGAUUUCGGAAGGACAACCGCUCCCCGGACCCGAAUUGUUGGAUUUCGGAAGGACAACCGCUCCCCGGACCCGAAUUGCCGGAUUUCGGAAGGACAACCGCUCCCCGGACCCGAACUGUUGGAUUUCGGAAGGACAACCGCUCCCCGGACCCGAAUUGUUGGAUUUCGGAAGGACAACCGCUCCCCGGACCCGAAUUGUUGGAUUUCGGAAGGACAACCGCUCCCCGGACCCGAAUUGCCGGAUUUCGGAAGGACAACCGCUCCCCGGACCCGAAUUGUUGGAUUUCGGAAGGACAACCGCUCCCCGGACCCGAACUGUUGGAUUUCGGAAGGACAACCGCUCCCCGGACCCGAAUUGUUGGAUUUCGGAAGGACAACCGCUCCCCGGACCCGAAUUGCCGGAUUUCGGAAGGACAACCGCUCCCCGGACCCGAACUGUUGGAUUUCGGAAGGACAACCGCUCCCCGGACCCGAAUUGUUGGAUUUCGGAAGGACAACCGCUCCCCGGACCCGAAUUGCCGGAUUUCGGAAGGACAACCGCUCCCCGGACCCGAAUUGUUGGAUUUCGGAAGGACAACCGCUCCCCGGACCCGAAUUGCCGGAUUUCGGAAGGACAACCGCUCCCCGGACCCGAAUUGCCGGAUUUCGGACUCUCUCCGGACUUGCCUGGACGCGGUGAAACUUUCUCCCGGCCCGGGAGAUGCUCCGGCUCUAGACCCACGCGGGUCCGGGCUCGUGGGCAGCGGCAGCGGGGCCUCCGCGGGGCUCUCCCUCCGGGGAGAUGUUCCAGGGCUUCCCCGGCGGCGGCGACUACGACUCGGCCGCCUCCCGCUGCAGCUCCAGCCCCUCGGCCGAGUCCCACUGCCUCUCCUCCUCCGUGGAUUCCUUCGGGAGCCCCGCCGGCCCCACUGGCCCCGCCUCCGCCCAGGAGUGCAGUGGCCUUGGGGAAAUGCCUGGAUCCUUUGUGCCGACAGUGACUGCCAUCUCGACUAGCCAAGACCUCCAGUGGCUGGUGCAGCCCACCCUGAUCUCCUCCAUGGCUCAGUCCCAGCAGCCACAGCAGCCCCAGCCCACGGUGGACCCCUACGACCUGCCCGGGACCAGCUACGCCACCCCGGGGAUGAGCGGCUACGUCUCCGGCCCCUCCGUGGCCCCUGCGCCCCCGCCACGCUCCGCCCGGGCCCGCCCACGAAGGCCACGCGAGGAAACGCUGACUCCCGAAGAAGAAGAAAAACGCCGUGUCCGUCGAGAGAGAAACAAGUUGGCUGCCGCCAAAUGCCGGAAUCGGCGCCGAGAGCUGACGGACCGCCUUCAAGCGGAGACGGACCAACUGGAGGAAGAGAAAGCGGAGCUGGAGUCGGAGAUCGCCGAGUUACAGAAGGAGCGGGAGCGCUUGGAGUUUGUCCUGGUGGCUCACAAGCCCAGCUGCAAGAUCCCUUACGAGGAGCUGGGCCCCGACUUGGGGGGCUCUUCUUCCGCCAGCGAGGUGGGCGCCCUGGGCCUGCCGGUCAAAGAGGACCCCUUUGCGCCCACGGCCUAUGCCCCGCUGCCCGUCCAUUACCAGCAGCACCAGCAGCAGCAGCAGAGCCUUGGCGGACUCCCGGCCGUGGCCCCGGCGGAGGUAGCGUUUUCUAGUUCUUACUUUACACAUGGUGAAGCGCUGACCGACCCGUACCCCGUUAACCCUUCCUAUACGUCUUCGUUUGUGUUCACCUACCCAGAGGGAGCCAGCUGCGGAGCAAGCCACCAGCGGAACAGCAGCAGCGACCACUCCUCCGAUUCCCUGAACUCUCCCUCGCUCCUUGCUUUGUGAAAACUCAGAACAAACAAAAGGCCCAAACUCAAACAAACAAACAAACCCAACCCCAUUAAAAACCACAUGCGCCAUUCUUCAAUGAGUCAAAGGCGGGCCAAGAGACGGGGGGAAAGGCGCAUGCGACUGCCGUCUUAGCCGAACCGGGAGCAUCCAAUGUACAAAACAUCCCGCCUGGGCAUUCGUUUGCAUUUGGGAAAAAUACAAAACUGCCCAGCCUGCGAAACCGCCAUCAUUUCAGCCACGCGGCCGUGCUGUUGUUGUUGUCGCUCUUCUACUCUUGCUGUCGUGAAACUUUGCUUGCAACGGACAAUGCAAAUGCACAAAACGCACGGACGGAGAACCUUUUGCCAAGGGAGAUACGCUCUGUGUUCGGUAUUUUCACGUGACGCUUCGAUCGAGGAGAUUUUCAACCUGCGAGAUGGAUCCUGCCAAUCGGAGGAGUUCCUAGCCCGGCUUUUGCUUGGGAAACAGUCGGGCCUUCGCCUUCUGUAUCUCUCCAAUGAGCUGGACUAUGACGUCUCUUAUUUCCUUGCUGUUUGUACGAAGCCGAGCAAAAGUCUUUCCCUGAUCCAUUGGGAAAACAAUGGGGGUCCCCCAUUUGUGUCCGGCACCUUUUUGCUGCAAAAGCUGUGUUCUCGCUAACUGUAUUGGCUGCUAAUUGUGAAUAUUUGUGCCCGUUGCAUGCUUCGAAAACGGCCACCUCGAUGCUUUUUCUCCUGUUCUCGGUCAGCCAGUUUGAGCAUAAACCCCACUUAGUGUGUCUCCUUGAGCCAAGCUGGGUUUUUCCCCCAGAAAUCUGUGCCAUAGUC